AUGGACUCGCGCCGCUCUGCCACCCUGUAUGGGUUUCCAAUGAAACACCUCACUCUGGCCACCUUGACCUUCCAAAAUUCUGCCUUGAUCUUGAUUAUGCACUAUUCCCGCAUCAUGCCUCCCGUGGGUGGACAUCGAUACUACGCUUCGACUGCUGUCUUCCUGAACGAAGUCAUCAAACUCGCAAUAUCGCUUACCAUGGCCCUUCACGAUCUCUCUCAAAAUAUGGCCCCGUCCUCCUCAGCCACCGCGCUGUUCACCGAGCUCAUACGACGCGUGUUUACUGGCGAUAGUUGGCGAUUGGCCAUACCAGCAAUGCUCUAUACCUUACAAAAUUCCUUACAAUACGUUGCCGUGAGCAAUCUCGAUGCUGCGACAUUCCAAAUUACCUACCAAUUGAAGAUCUUGACGACCGCUAUCUUUAGCAUUACAAUGCUGGGACAUACUCUUGGACUGAGAAAGUGGUCUUCUCUGUUGCUGCUCAUAGUAGGUGUGGCCAUAGUCCAGAUUCCUGCUGGCUCCGAUCCGGCCAUGCCUACUUUGAAGGACUUGAAAGAAGCCAAUGCGGGCCUACACUUACCGCGGACUAUUCAGCAGAUGCGAGAAAUGGGGAGCAGUGCUGCGGGGCAACUGACCAAGAGGUCUGCGACGUACGAGGGUAUUGACAAGGACUUUGCCAUGCAACAUCCUCAACUCGACGCUUCCAUCGGUCUGGCCGCUGUCCUAGUUGCUUGUUUACUAUCUGGCCUUGCAGGUGUGUACUUUGAAAAGGUCCUCAAAGACUCCACCAGUCAAACUUCCCUUUGGUUCAGGAAUGUGCAGCUAUCAUUCUACUCGCUGUUUCCUUCUCUUUUCAUCGGUGUCGUCUUCAAGGACGGUGCAGACAUAGCAAAGCAUGGCUUUUUCUCAGGUUACAAUUGGAUAGUUUGGAGUGCUAUCCUAUUGCAGGCAUUUGGCGGUGUUCUUGUAGCUUUGGUUGUACUACACGCCGACAACAUUGCAAAGAACUUCGCCACGAGCAUAAGCAUUGUCAUCAGCUUCCUAGCAAGCGUUUGGCUAUUUCAUUUCCAGAUCACUACAAGUUACCUACUUGGAACCGCGGUUGUUCUCUUGGCGACAUAUCUAUGGAACAGUGAUCGCGGCCUUCCUCCAUUGAAGCUCGUGAUUGCAGACUAUGAGAAGACCACCAUUGGGUCGAGAUCAAGCUUUAGAGAAGCUCUGACGACCAGCAGACCAAGCACGCCAGUCAACUUUGAACGACGUGGAGGUGGGUUCAAAAGAGAAGAAUAG